AUGGCCCCAACAAGGAUAAGAGGUGCACUCAACAUUGGAUUUCAAAUGAUGAUCACAAUUGGCAUAUUAAUUGCAAACCUUAUCAACUAUGGGACUGCAAAACUAGAAUAUGGUUGGAGAGUUUCUUUAGGUAUUGGUGCAGUUCCCGCAAUAAUGUUAUGUGUAGGAGCUCUUUUCUUAGGUGACACGCCAAACUCUCCGAUUGAAAGAGGUAAAAUAGAAGCAGACUAA